AUGAACUAUCAAAAUCACCUUACAAAAUUUGUUGUGUUAAAACCUUUGACAAGCAAACACGCGAAAGAAAUUGCUCACAAUCUAAUCGAUAUUUACACAACAUUUGGAGCUCCGGUUAUAUUGCAUUCGGAUAAUGGGCGUGAAUUUGUGAACUCAAUAAUAACUGAAUUACAUUCAAUGUGGAGUGACGUUAAAAUCGUCCACGGAAAACCUCGGCAUAACCAAAGUCAAGGUUCCAUAGAAAGGGCAAACAGAGAUGUAGAAGAUAUGCUUGCUACUUGGAUGGCACAAAAUAAUACAAAGGACUGGACAAAUGGCUUAAAAUUUAUUCAAUUUCAAAAAAAUCGCGCUAUCCAUUCAGAAAGAGUAGGAUUAGCCUCAAUUGGUAUUCCAACAAAUGAAAUUGAAUGUUUGUGUACUGAGGAGGAUAUUGAAUCAAUUCUACCACAAAAUAGUGAUGAAGACACUGAAAAUAUUUCAAGUCUAAGUGAUGGAUACUGUGAAAAUUAUUCUAAAGAUGAAGCAAAACUUGUUAACGAGCGACAAAACAAAAUAACGAACGAACCAAAAAAAUCAGUCUCAUGUUUGCAGAAACAAGCAGAAAACAUGUUAAAGUCUUCUCGAUUCUUAUUGUCAUCUCGAUUUGAUCCACUCGAAAUAGGUUCAACCGUAUCGAUACCAGAUGUAGAUCGUGCUCGCGGAGCUCCGCGUAAUUUAUUGGCAGUCGUUUUACAUGUCGAAAAUGAUCUUUAUAAAUUAGGUACUGAACAUGGACACCUAAAACAUAAAUACACAAGAUCUGAGCUAGUACCUUGUAAAGAAAAACUUCUAGACAUACCUAAGUUCAUCAAAGAAAAAGAGCUUACUCUUCGAGAGGUAGCUGCUAAUGCCAAACAACAGGACAUGCUUGAAAUAGCCCCCAACAUUUUCGUGGGGAAUAAUCCAGCUGAAAGUCUAACCAAAGUAAGCGUGUACACGUUGACACAACGUUCGGAACAAAAGAAAAAUAUUUGGAAGUGUAUUGAGGCGCUUAAAAAAGAAGAAUCAUUAAAUAAAAUCCAUGAUGAACAGUUUAUUGCCGGACAUUCUAUGGGCGUUAAAAGAAAAUAUAAAGACUGCUGA